UUGGAGGGGGGAGAGGGAUAGCGGCGGGGAUGGACCCGGACUUCUCGCGGGCCAGCGGCGGCCCGAGCUACGAGUUCGCCUUCAACUCCGUCAACUUCUCCGACCGGGUCCUGCGGAUCGAGAUCGCCCCCGGGGACGACGCGCCGGGGGCCAAGGGCGGCGCCGGCGAGGGGUGCUCAUCCGUCGCCGACUGGGCGCGACACCGCAAGCGGCGCAGGGACGAGCUACGGCGAGAGAAAGAAUGUGGAAAAUAUAUGCUGGAAACUGCAAAGGUCAAAGUUGAAGCAGAAGAACGUGAUACCUAUGAGGAGACUAGUGAGGAGCCUGUAGCUAUGAUAGAAGAAUCUCCACCUGAUGUUGGACAAGAUGGUGAGGAUGGAGAAAGCAGUGAUUCAUCAUUGAAUAUGGAGUGUAAUCAGGUUUUGAGAGUAAAAUCUAUCUAUAUCAGCUCUGCUAUUCUAGCUGCAAAAAGUCCUUUCUUUUACAAGCUUUUCUCAAAUGGCAUGAAAGAAUCUGAUCAGAGGCAUGCAACUCUUCGAAUAACUGCUUCAGAGGAAAAUGCCCUUAUGGAGCUUCUGAGCUUUAUUUACAGCGGAAAGUUGACAACAAAUCAGCCAGCCCUUCUGCUUGAUAUCUUGAUGAUGUCUGACAAAUUUGAAGUUGUUUCUUGCAUGAGACACUGCAGUCAAUUGCUAAGAAGCUUACCGAUGACCACAGAAUCUGCACUUCUCUAUCUUGAUCUGCCUUCCAGCAUUUCAAUGGCUGCUGCAGUUCAGCCACUGACUGAUGCUGCCAAGGAAUUCCUUGCCAACAAGUACAAGGAUUUGACCAAGUUUCAGGAUGAGGCGAUGAACAUUCCCCUUGCUGGGAUCGAAGCCAUCCUAUGGAGUGAUGACCUUCAGGUGGCAUCAGAGGAUGCAGUCUAUGACUUUGUGAUCAAGUGGGCGCGUGCUCAAUACCCAAAAUUGGAGGAAAGGCGUGAAAUCUUGGGUACUCACUUGCUGCCACUUGUUCGGUUCUCUCAUAUGACAUGCAGGAAGUUGCGGAAGGUCCUUGCAUGCAAUGAUGUGGAUCAUGAACAAGCAACUAAAAGUGUCACUGAUGCACUUCUAUACAAGGCUGAUGCACCGCAUCGACAGCGCGCCCUUGCUGCAGAUGUGUUGGCCUAUGGGAAAUAUACGGAACGAGCUUACAAAUAUCGUCCGCUUAAGGUGGUGGAAUUCGAUCGACCAUAUCCUCAGUGCAUCGCAUAUUUGGAUCUGAAGCGUGAGGAAUGUACCAAACUUUUCCCAUCUGGGCGGAUAUACUCGCAAGCCUUCCAUCUUGCUGGACAGGGAUUCUUCCUCUCCGCACAUUGCAACAUGGAUCAACAAGGUGCUUUCCACUGCUUUGGUCUCUUCUUAGGGAUGCAAGAGAAAGGCUCAACGAGUGUUACCGUUGACUAUGAGUUUGCUGCAAGGUCAAGGCCAUCGGGGGAGUUUGUCAGCAAGUACAAGGGCUACUACACCUUCACCGGUGGAAAGGCUGUUGGCUACCGGAAUCUCUUUGCGAUUCCCUGGCCGUCGUUUAUGGCUGAUGAUAGCCUCUUCUUCAUCAACGGGGUACUACAUCUGAGAGCGGAAUUGACGAUAAAGCAGCCAUAGAUAGAUAGUGCUUGACGCACUACUAACCUCAUCUGUGUUGUUGCUCAAGGCUAAAUUCGUGCAAUGAUGAGCCUUAGUGCGGAAAAUCUUGUGUGAGUCAGAACAUUUUGUUUUUACCGGGCUGACACUUAUGAAACGAGAAGCAAAAUACCUUGUUUUA